UGAUGUUGUGACACUCCAGUGUGUGAUUAUAAUGUGAUUUUCGAAUGGGAAAUUUGGAAUAGUUGUGAAAAUGGUAGUUCUACUGUUGCUGAGCAUGUUUUGUGCUCGCAGCAUGUCCCACCUGAUCACUACGCUAGACGUGCCGCGGUACGCCGACCCUCGCAAGGAAGCCGAGCUGGUGUGCCAGUACAGCCGCCAGCCGCAGGACCCGCCGCUGCACUCCGUCAAGUGGUACCGCGACACGCACGAGAUUUUCCGAUACACGCCGCAGGAGUACGAGACCCGAGCCUUCAACAGCACGGGCGUGUCGAUCACGAACAACUCGUGCGACGCGCGCGCGUGUGUCAUCAGCGUGCGGCCCGAGAGCGGCACGGCCAAGUAUACGUGCGAGGUCUCCAGCGAGGGACCGCGGUUCGCUGUGGACCGGCGCUCCGCUAACAUGACGCUAGCUGUGCUCCCAGAAUACGACCCACUCAUCACAGGGCUUCCCACGCUGGUGCAAGCGGGUGAGAACGCACUCGUGAACUGCACCUCCGACUACUCCCUGCCUGGUGCCACCAUCGACUGGUUCGUCGACUCCGAGCCGCAGGAGGACCCCGUCAUAACCGGCACGACACACGUGUCCGGCGCGGACGGGGAAGGCCUUCGAGCAUCGUGGCGGACACUGCACGUGUUCCCGGACGACUACCCCACGCACCGCGGCUACCUGUCGCUGCGGUGCCGCGCCACGCUCGCCACGCGCCCGCCGCACGCUCGCAGCAUGUCUGUGCGGCUGUACGUGGCUAGUCGGCCCCAUAUAUCGUCGUAUAUGUUUAGUAAGAAUAAUGCAGUCGCAAGCAAUAGUGGGUACAGGCUUCAAACAGAACUGACUCUGUGGACGUUGCUCGCGUUGGCGAGUAGACAAGUGCCUUCAGUGAAAUAGAACAACAAAUAAAUAAAACAAGUGACGGUUAAAGUUAAAUAAUUACAUUUUCUGCACAACGUGGCGCUGUGAGAGUGUUUUUAAUAAUAUUAUAAGACUAAAUGUGUCUAUAUUUUUGUUUUAAAUGCACAUAAAUUAUUAUCAACUAAGCUAGGGUAAGGAUAGA